AAGUGUUCGGAAAAUGAGUGUAUAUUUAGCUUUGCUUAGUUUAAUAGUGAGUCUAGUGGGUGUUUUAAACUCGUGCUCUGCUUUGGAGUUAAAAACAAAUGAGACAACCGAAGAUAUUUCAUAUCGCCAGGCUAGGCGCAGUCCUUUGAAAGAUAGUUGUGUAACCAGUGAUGAUAGCACCGGUACUUGUAUGUCACGUUUCAAGUGUCUAAGCUCGGGAGGCUCACCCAAAGGCUAUUGCAGUUCAUUUGGGGUUUGUUGUGAAACCAAUCUCCAGUGUAAUUCUGUGUCCAAAUUGAAACGCACCAUUAUUAAGAAUCCCACCAAUAUCAAUGCCAACCCCUGUGUCUACACCAUACAACCCUACAGUGCCGAUGUCUGUCAACUUUUAAUACAAUUCCAAAGAUUCGAAAUAGAACCACCUGUUUACGAUGCCGCCAAUAAUAUUCUAGAAUGUGGUGAUAACUUAUCAAUAGGUGAUUUUACUUUGUGUGGUGAUAAUACGGGACAACAUUUAUAUGUACCCUUCAAUGUGGCCAAUGGGGUAUCCGAAGUCAGUUUAACCUUUAAUCUACCCAAUCGUUGGCCUUCUUCCAUAUGGCGUUUGGUUGUCACCCAACUGGAAUGUCCCGCCCAGCCCAGGAGACGUUCACAGUCAUUUAUGCCGUUCGUUAAUGGCAAUAAUUUACAAAGUCUACGCACCAUAUUCUCGUCACACAGUAAUGCUGAUUUAGAGCUGUUGGCUCCACAUGGUUGUCAUCAGUACUAUACGCAGUUGUCGGACAAUAUCAAGAGUUUCAACUACAAGGCAGAUGGUUCAACGUACUAUUUGCCCAAUAUGAAUUAUGUCAUUUGUAUUAAGCCAACUGGUGGAGCAAAUAUGAUUGAAUAUCAAGCUCAAAAAUUCUCAAUGUCCAAUGCAAUUCAAGGCAGCAUGGGUUACGAUGGAGACUGUCACAGUACGGUGCAAACACCUCCCCGGCGUGAAGACUAUCUAAUGAUACCACAAUCGUAUGUGGCCAAUAGUCUAAAUAUUAUGCCCAGCUAUUAUUGUGGCACAUCGCUACAAACUAGCCCUUCAAUUGUGGCUUCGGCGCCAUUUUUAAUUUAUUUUUCAAGUGAUAGUUUUACCGAUCAAACGGAAACGGGCUUUAAUAUAAGAUAUACUGUAAGAACAAUGUACUAA